GCAUCGUGCACCACAUCCCAUCUGUUCCGCGCCAGGCGAUUACUUGUACAUCGAUCCGAUACAGCCGCCUUGAGCAAUAUCUCCAGCUCGCAACGUCUCCCCGUUUCGAUUCCCGUGUCAAGAGAUCUCCAACGCUCAACGGUUCCAUCGUUCGUUCAAGAUCUGACGUCGACUUUCAGCAAGAUCUUGGCCCGCGUCACUCGCUUGUUGCCAUACUCGAGUGGCAGCUUGUCUCCUGGGCCAGUCUCAUCCAUGCCUGACGACUUGCCCUCGAUACGAAGAUACAUUCAACCUAUAGAACCCGCUUGACAAUCAUAAUCAUCCGCCCUGACACAUAUUCACCCGCAUGCGCUGACGACGACGCCUGUCGUUUGCUUUUUUCAACAUGGUGUCGGAAAAGAUCUACGAGUUAUGCCGCCCAGUUUUGGAGAACGAGGAUAUUGCAGAGGAGGAAAAGACGGAUCGCUUGGAAGAGCUUUUGAGUGCAGAGCCUGUAUCUCUAUCCGGCAAGGCUCUUGAGGAUGCAGUGCUUGGAGUGUUGUGGCAAUGGAAGAGUGCAAGUGAGAGCGAGAUCAAGGCCGCAUCUCCACCUAUGAUCAGGACAGCAAGUUAUAUUCGAUCGAGGUCGCCCGCGCCUUGGAUACAAAGAGCAGCCACCCCCACUUCAGCAAAUUCAUCACCGCGCCCGUCGACUGCGACGCCAUCCAUCCCACCAGGAUUUGGACCACAUCCUCCAGCAUUUGCGCGGACAAAAUCAUCUACCGCUGGAUCCCCUUUUGGCUCCCCAAAGCCCUCUCCGCGGCUGCCAUACGCGAGUCCCUUUAUUCCACACAGUCCCAGGUUGAGCGCCUAUCUGCCCAGUGACUCUUCACCAACGACCGAGAACUAUGGUGAUUACGGCAGCGAUACCGUGGACUGGCUCGUCAACGAUGAGACUAGCAGCAAUACCAGCUUUGGUGAUGCUGGAUUCACUAGUGGCUCCGAGUUUGUGCCAUCCUACACAACGGAGAUGAGCCCAUACGAUAUGCUGCGUUCAAUUCUUGGAGAUGACCGGAGCGAUGACGACCUCAAACAGGUAUUGGAAGCCAACGAAUAUGAUCUCAGUCAAGCGAUCAAUUCGCUCAUGGAGGCCAAAGGAAUGGGCGCAAAUACUCUGGCAGCUGCUUUGCAAAAGCAGCAACAGGACCAGCAGAGUCGAACAUUCGUUGUCGGCAAGAACAUGUCGCCGGGCUCACGUCCCAUAACACCUGCAGGGCAGCAAAAGUCUUCAAUUCCCUGUCGCUAUUGGCUCAAUCAAGGGUAUUGCGCACGAGCGGAUUGUCGCUUUGCACAUGAUAUGCAGAACCAUCUCUGCAAGUAUUGGAUGGCAGGCAAUUGCAUUGCGGGCGAUAAUUGCAUCUUCUCUCACGAUCUGUCCUUAUUGGCGCAGCAGAUGAGUCUCGCAGGCGAUGGAGCAAGUACUAGCCAAUCAUUCACUCCAAACUUUCAGCUUCAGGACUACGACAGCUUCCCUGCACUGCAACCAACGACAAGCAAUCCGUAUGAAGAUGCCGAUGCGGAUACUACUGCGGUGACCGCAAUGAUACAGCAGCAACAGCAACAAGCUUUUGCGCAAGCAGCACCUGGUCUCUUUCCUACAUUCGUGCCGACCGGUCCACGCUACAGUAACAGUAGGCCGAACUCUCGGCCAGGAAGUCGACACACUUCCCGUGCGCCAACGCCAGGCCAACCGAACUUUCAAGACGACGAGGCUUUCCCUAGUCUUGGCUCUGCAGCUUCAAAGCCUCUCGGCAAACGGCAUCAUGGGAAACGUGGUGGACAUGGUCAUCACGCUCAUAUCGCGCCAGUACAACAACCCAGCAGCCUCGCUGAUGUGGUUCGCAUGUCUCCUUCACCGAUGUCCUCUACAAACAGUCGCGAUGCUAUGCGCCGCGGCUUGAAAAACAACAGAAGCUUUACUUCUGCUACCGCAUCUACACGGGAGAACUCCUCCACAGCCAUGGCGAUACCGGAGCCGCAGCAGAUCCCCUGGCUUGAGACUGGCGACAAGGUGAACAGUGCAUACAUGAAAGCCCGCCAGGAGGCUUUCAAGCACGGAGGACUGCGCAACAAGUUUCUGCAAUCUGCCGCCCAGGCAUGGAACCGCAAUGACGCACGGGGAGCGAAAGCAUUGAGUUUGCGAGGUCAAAAUGAAAAUGCUUUGAUGAGGGAGAAGCAUCGCGAAGCCGCUCGCGCGCUUUACGAGGAACGAAACAAAUCAUUGAAGGCUAAUAAGAACAAUAGCAGCGACGAGCUUUAUGUGGAUCUUCACGGUCUUCAUCCCGAGGAGGCUGUCCAGUACCUGGCGGAUUGCCUGAAGGAGCAAAAAAUGUCAACCCGGCCAGUCUACGCAAUUUGCGGCACAGGCCACCAUAGCAAAAAUGGCAAGGACAAGGUUGGCAAAGCUGUCCGGCUUUACCUGAACGAGUGGCGAUAUGCAUUCCGCGAGUUUUCAGUUCCUGGUGAUCGAAACAAUGUUGGUGGCAUUUUGGGUAUCGACCCGACGAGCUUCGAGCGAGACGGCACAAAGAGAGGCCUCUCAUCGCUGCUAGCUGCGAGCGAUGGUGAUAGCGGAGUCGGGCUUGACGAUGCCGCAGGUCGGAGGGAAGAUACAAAAGUUUUGUUGGUGAGAGAAGAUCCGAGGAAAAUCUCGGCUACGGAAACCAAGGAAGAAGAUGAAGACGAGGAUUGAGUCGGAUUGAUACCCCGUGUGACACAGAAAGGCCAGGAUUUGGUGCAAUAAGCUUAUUGUACUGACUCGCGCCCUUUGCUCCACUGCGCCUCUGGUGAGCCACGAUGAACCACGACGAUGACGAUCAUGAAGAGGGUCUUGCGUGGGUUUGUAUCUCAACAGUUGUGCAGACCAGGAAGGACAGUCAGGUAAUUCGUAGUUCUACAAAUGAGAUAGGAAGCUUUUGGCGAACGGAACGAUACCAGUAAGAUAUCAUUAUUAAAUGCAGAGGUCUCUGCUUAU